CAGCAGCAUGAACCUGAAGAAGUACUUCAUUCGGGCGCUGCACCGCCUGCAGAAGGGCCCUGGCUACACCUACAAGGAGCUGCUGGUCUGGUACUGCGACAACACCAACACCCACGGCCCGAAGCGCAUCAUCAAGGAGGGGCCGAAGAAGAAAUUAAUCUGGUUCUUCCUAACGCUGCUCUUUGCGUCUCUGGUCUUCUGGCAGUGGGGCAUCCUCAUCAACACCUACCUCUCCUACAACGUCACCUCGUCUCUCUCUAUUGGCUUCAAGACCAUGAAGUUCCCGGCAGUCACGGUCUGCAAUGCCAACCCUUUCAAAUACUCAGAGGUGAAGCAUCUGCUGAAAGAACUGGACAGGCUCAUCGAGGCGGCGCUGGAGAGGAUCCUGCAGCCCACGCCAGGGAACAGCAGUGAGAACGCCUCCCCGCCGCUCGACCUGCGGCUCUGGCACCAGAUACCCCUGGUCCUCAUCGACGAGCACGACAAAGACAACCCCGUCAUCCUGGACAUCUUUGAGAACAACCAAACCUCUGCGGGCAACCAAACCACUGCUCCACCUGCCCCAGCCAACAUCAUGUCGGAAGAAAAGAAGUACAAGCUGGCAGUGAAGCUGUGCAGCCACCAGGGCUCCGACAACUGCACCUACAGGAACUUCACCAGCGCGGCGCAGGCGGUGACCGAGUGGUACAUCCUGCAGUCCACCAGCAUCCUCUCCAAAGUCCCGCUGCAAGAGAGGAUCAGGAUGGGCUACCAGGCAGAGGACAUGAUCCUGGCCUGUCUCUACGGGGCCGAACCCUGCAACUACAAGAAUUUCACCCAAAUCUAUCACCCAGACCACGGUAACUGCUACAUCUUUAACUGGGGCAUGGACGAAGAGGCUUUGAAUUCUUCCAACCCUGGAGCUGAGUUUGGGCUGAAGUUAAUUCUGGACAUCAGCCAGCAAGACUAUAUCCCCUACCUGUCAUCCGCUGCCGGGGCCAGGCUCAUGCUGCACCAACAGAAGAGCUUCCCCUUCCUCAAGGAUCAGGGCAUCUAUGCGAUGGCCGGGACGGAAACCUCCAUCGGCGUGCUAGUGGAUGAACUGGAACGGAUGGGCUAUCCCUACAGUGACUGCACCAAUAACGGCUCCGAUGUCCCUGUGAAAAACCUCUAUAGCCAGUACAACACUUCCUACUCCAUACAG